CUUACAGGCUUCGCAUGUGAAGCCUACGUGGUUAUAGUGUUAGUUAUACUGAAAUAGUUUCUUUGCAAAGAAAUACAGAGACUAGACAUGAACUUUCAUGCUGCUGUCGGUGAUGUUGUCUGAACGUCAUCAUUAUCCUAUAGCGCGUUAGUCCACCUCGUACAUCGAUGUGAACCACCCGGCCUGUUUUGCGGCAGUAGAAUAACAGUUUGAAGUCUCGGCUUCCUUCACGGAGCAGAGUUGGGUCGACCUCGUAAAUCACAGCCUUAACGCCACCCUCAUUUGGGAUGGGCGGGUUCGGCAGAGCAGCAGCGACCUGACAGAGCCCUCCUCACACGGGACAGAGCCAGCCCUAAGACGGGACAGCCUCAGCCCUCCCCAGACGGGACAGCCUCAGCCCACCUCAGACGGGACAGAGCCAGCCCUCCCCAGACGGGACAGCCUCAGCCAUCCUCAGACGGGACAGAGCUCUCCUCAGACGGGACAGAGCCAGCCCCCCCUAGUCGGGACUAGGGUUGAGCACCGAAACUCGGUUCCAGUAGGGCACCGGUUCCGACGUAAACGGUUGUAGCGAGAUCGAAUAAGAACGCAAAUUUCGGUUCCUCAGACUCGGGACAGAGCCAGCCCUCAUACGGGUCAGAGCCCUCCCCAGGCGGGACAGCCUCAGCCUUCAGACGGGACAGCCUCAGCACUCCUCAGAGGGGACAGAGCCAGCCCUCCCCAGCAGACCUCCGCCCUGACCCGCCAUGCAGGGAGUUUAACUCGGCCUCGGAUUUUACUCUGCUGACCUGAGAGACAUGGCUCCGUUUGGAAAAGGUUUCCUCAAAGCGCGCCUCAAAAACAACAGGACAAAGGAGAGGGAGGCCACCGCCGCGGGGAAGGAGAUUCAGAUUACCGUGUGUGGCCAGGAGAAAGUGGUCUGCGGCGUCACCAAGCACACCACAUGCGCCGACAUGGUGCAGGCCCUGCUGGAGGACCACAGGGGGGCCCCUGAGGGCAAACAGGGCUCCCCUGAGGGCCAGAGGGCCCCGCCCGGGGGGCUCCGCGGCGAGGCCCAGGACUUCUGCCUGGUGGAGCGCUGGAAGGGCCUGGAGCGCGCCCUGCCGCCCCUCACGCGCAUCCUGCGGCUGUGGAGCGCCUGGGGGGACCAGAAGCCCCUCAUCCACUUCCACCUGGUCCGGGUCAGCGACUUCGUGGCUCGGAGCAGCCGGAAGGGCCCGCCCGAGGGGCCCCGGCCCCCGGGGGCCCGGCCCAAGAGGGCGGAGCGGGGCGGGGGCCCCCAGCCGCUGGGCGAGGAGCGGCAGAAGCGCAUGGUGAAGAAGGCCUUCCGCAAGCUGGAGAAGCUUCACAGGACCCCCCCCGCAGCCCCCCCCGGGGCGGCGGAGGUGGACCGCAUGGUCCAGCUCAUCCUGGCCCAGGACCACACGCUCCGGGAGCAGGACCGGCAGCUCAGGGACCUGGACCUGGACCUGCGGCGGACCGAGCUGUGCUCGCGGGGCGCGGGGGCCCCGGGGGCCCCAGAGGCCCCUGAGGCGGGGGUCCCUCAGACCCCGGAGGAGGAGGAGGAGCUCCAGCGGUACCUGCGCUGCGCUGAGGACGGGCUGGACCAGCUGGGGCUGCAGGUCCGGAGGCACCAGGACCUCAUCCUGCAGCUGUCCCGGGACAUCGACCUGGAGCUGGCCGCCGCCGCCGCCGGGGGCCCGGCGGUGUGGCCCCCGGGCCCCCAGGAGGAAGUGGCGGCGGCGGCGGUGGCGGGCCCCGGGGUCUCGGAGGCGGAGGCGGAGGCGGACGCGGCGUUCUACGCGGCGGAGCUGGAGGCGGUGCGGGGCGAGCUGCAGCGCAGCCUGCUGGAGGGCGUGGCCCUGCACCGCGAGGGCUCCCAGCUGGACCACGCCCUCCGGCUGCACCAGGACGCCACCGCCGCCCGGGACCAGGAGGCCUGGCAGCUGGCGGCCCAGCUCGGCUCCCUGCAGCUGGGGAGCGGGGGGGAGGAGGCCGGGGGGCCUGGCCCCGACCCGGGGGCGGGACCCGGUCCGGGACCCGCUCAGAGCUCUGUGCGCUGCUCCGUUGCCCCGGCGACCGUGAGGCUGAAACACGGCGGGGGUCCGACGGACAUCACGGACACGGACUCGGACACAGGGAUAAGCUCCACCCACAGCCAGGAUUCGCUCUCCCCCGGCCUUGAGGCCCUGCCCCCCGUCGACACCGACGUCUGAACUUGCCAAUCAGACGGCCAGACAUUCUCACUGACGUUCCUGAGAGCUGGAAUCUCUACAUUCUGUCAGGUUGGGGCCAGAUAGUUAGGGGCCGAAUAGUUAAGGGCCCGAUAGUUAAGGCCAGAUAGUUAGGGGCCGGAUAGCUAAGGGCCCCCUAGUUAGGGGCAGAUAGUUAGGGGCCGGAUAGCUGGUUAGUUGUUAGUUAGCAGAGUGUGUGUUUGUGUGUCUGACUCCCAGCCAAAAGCUUCUGGUUUAAACCCAUCCUUACAUGACCUGCUCCUCAAAGACACAGACCCUCGUACUGCAGGUGGCUUUGGGACACCAGCUAAAUGCUGAAGGCUAAAGGCUAGCUGGUAGCAGCUAGUAUCACAGUCGCCCCUCGGAGUCUGAGAGCCGUACUGCUGGUGUGUUGGACCUCUCUCAACAUCUGGAUUUAUGUCCUUUGUAACAUAAAGCGGUAGUGAUGGAUCAAUGUUUUAUGUUAAAACAAACAAAUUCGUAGAACUGAGCGAUGUCUUACAUUUAUUUUGCUACGCCGAACCACAACAAUGUACAUAAGCUGUAUUAUAACUGAACAUGAAAUUUUUCUAAAAGUACAGUUUUAGGAGGUUUUUUUAAAAGCACCUGGAAUAAAGCAAUAUAUUUAUUUUUUUAGAGAUGGUAGAACAAAUUUGAUUUUACAGAUAUGUUUAAAUAAAAAGACAUUGUAUGUUAUCAUUGGUGAACAUUUAGAAAUGUUGAAUCUUAUUUUCUGUUUAUUGACUAGCCUUCUGGUUCCUGUGUGUGUAACACCUCGACAAUUUUAAGGUCUCAGAAAGCUACAAAAGUAAAUUAUGCCUAAGCAAAAAUAAAAUCUAUUUCUAUUCAUGAC